AUGCCCAAAGAUGGCUUAGAGGCCAAGUUCAGCGUCUACCAUAGUGGCGCGUGCGGCAUACUCUUUGGUAGAACCAUAGCUUUAGAGUAUGAAGACAAUGUUGUACUCGAUCCCGCCGUUAUUGCCAUUCGGGAUCGCAUCACAGCAAAGAUCGACACAAGCAUCGCAUCAGACUCAGUAAAAGUCAGAGUUACGUUUGAAAAUGGAGAGGUUCUCACGAACUACGUCAAGCAUGCGAUUGGCAGCCGUGGAAAUCCAUUAAGCGAUACAAAGCUGCAGAAGAAGUUCACUGAGGGAUGUAAGAGCGUUGGAAUGCGCGACGCAGAGGCUGUAAGCGAAUUCUACAGGGGGCUAGAAGCUGUAGAUGAGAUGCGGCAGCUUAUAAAGUACCUGUAG